AUGAAGAUGCUGCUCUUGGCUCUGACUCUGCUCACGCUGUCUGUUAUUCAGACUGACAACAGGGAUCUGGGUGUGAAAUAUCCUGAUAAUCCGAUCUGUGCUGUGAGAGGAUUCAGUGUCUCCAUUCCCUGCAGUUAUUAUUAUUAUUAUAAUCAAACAUCAAAGCCCAAUAUUCAGGUGACACAAAAGCUUUGGUGCUCACUGAACUCAAACACAGAUUUCUGUAUAGACCCUCCGUAUGUUUAUGACAGCUCAUCAAACACCAACUCAGACUUUGAGUACGCUGGAGACGACAAAUCAAACUGCACUUUAUUAAUCCACAAUCUACAGUUCAGUUAUUCUGGAGAGUACAGAUUCAGAUUUAUCACUAAUGAGAACAAGGUGAGAUUCACAGGUUGUCCUGGAGUGACUCUACAAGUUGCAGAUUUAAAGGUGUCACUAAUCAGGCUCAGUGGAAACGGGACCCUUAAACAAGGAGACUCGUUAAAUCUGACGUGUGAUGUGAACUGCACACACAGUUCCUCACAGUUCAUGUGGUCUAAGAACAACGAGCUCUUACCUGAAUCAGGACCCGUUCUUCACUUUCCUGCUCUGAACAUGACGGAUUCUGGGAAUUACACCUGCACUUGGAAAACCAACGAGGCCUCAGGAUCUGAAACGAUCAGCCUUCACGUCGAGGGUGGGGAUCUGGGUGUGAAAUAUCCUGAUAAUCCGAUCUGUGCUGUGAGAGGAUUCAGUGUCUCCAUUCCCUGCAGUUAUUAUUAUUAUUAUAAUCAAACAUCAAAGCCCAAUAUUCAGGUGACACAAAAGCUUUGGUGCUCACUGAACUCAAACACAGAUUUCUGUAUAGACCCUCCGUAUGUUUAUGACAGCUCAUCAAACACCAACUCAGACUUUGAGUACGCUGGAGACGACAAAUCAAACUGCACUUUAUUAAUCCACAAUCUACAGUUCAGUUAUUCUGGAGAGUACAGAUUCAGAUUUAUCACUAAUGAGAACAAGGUGAGAUUCACAGGUUGUCCUGGAGUGACUCUACAAGUUGCAGAUUUAAAGGUGUCACUAAUCAGGCUCAGUGGAAACGGGACCCUUAAACAAGGAGACUCGUUAAAUCUGACGUGUGAUGUGAACUGCACACACAGUUCCUCACAGUUCAUGUGGUCUAAGAACAACGAGCUCUUACCUGAAUCAGGACCCGUUCUUCACUUUCCUGCUCUGAACAUGACGGAUUCUGGGAAUUACACCUGCACUUGGAAAACCAACGAGGCCUCAGGAUCUGAAACGAUCAGCCUUCACGUCGAGGGUGAAAAUCCUGAUCAGUGGUUAAUCUGGAUCAUUGUCUCGGUGUCAGUUGGAGUGAUUUUCAUCGUCUCAGUCAUCGUAGGAGCUGUGAUUUACAUCAGGAGGAGGAAAUGUAAAGCUCCAGAAGAAAACGGGCAGGAAAGUGGAGAGAAAACACAGACAAAGCCACAGUUAAACCAAGUUUCUCAAGAUCCUGAUGAAGAAACGUUGAAGAAGGAGGAAGUAACUUACGCGUCUGUCCAAAUCAAACCAACAACCAAAGGGUCUCAGGUCACAGCACAGCUAAACCAAGUUCCUCAGUCUGAUGAAGUGUUAGAUGAAGGAGGAGUGACUUAUGCAUCUGUGGGCAUCAAACCCAAAGGAUCACCCAAACAGCGAGUCCACACUGAGCAGCAGGAGGAUGAUUCUGUGAUCUACAGCGCUGUGAAAAAGGCCUGAUGAUGUUUCCACACCUCAUUCACCC